AUGCUUUUAUCGGAUACCUCAAGUCACAGUAGCAGUCGCAGCAGCUUAAUUGAGCCAGCAUCGAGUGAACAAAAGCCUCAUGCGGUAGAUCUCUUUCAUGAUUAUUCUUUAGAUAGUCAAAUAUCGCUUCGCUCGUCUGAUACAUUAAAGCACUUUAGCCUAGAGGAUAAGGCAACCCUAGAUAUCACACCGCCCAACGAGAAUGACGAGGAGCCGCCAGUAUAUAAAGCGAAUGAACACGACAGUGAUAGCAACAUAGCGUCUCGAAAGGUUUCGAUCCUGACGGCAACUACGCAAAGCUCUAGGACAGCCACUGUCGAAUCCGAGCCAGAAUAUCUUCGUUACGACUAUGCACCAAGCGAAAUUGUGUUUGCUACAGACGGUAGCGUCAAAGGUGGCACACUCCGCGCUCUUGUCGAACGUAUGACUCUACACGAUUAUCUCGAUAUGAACUUCAACACUACCUUUUUACUCACCUACCGCUCCUUUUGCACAUCACAAGAAUUCCUAGGUCUACUCAAGACACGUUACAACAUUCAACCUCCCGACGGCCUGACGCCUGAGGAGUAUGAGGUGUGGGUCAAUAAAAAGCAAAAGCUUGUCAGACUCCGCGUCUUUAACGUUCUUAAGAUCUGGCUAGAACAAUACUAUUAUGAAGAUGAUUCAAUCAUUCUGGACCAGUUACUUGAAUUUACCAAUACAACACUCAAGGAUACACUUAGCUUUUCAGCCUUCCAACUGGAAAAAUUAAUAUCCAAGCGUAAAGAAGCCUGUACGACAAGUCUCAAAAAGCUAGUGAUGACCCAAUCGAUCAAUGCACCGGACCCAAUACUGCCGCGUAAUCUCAAAAAAUUCAAGCUGCCCGAUAUUGAUACAACAGAGAUGGCGCGUCAAUUGACACUGAUUGAUUACAAGCUGUACAGCUCCAUACGUCCUAUUGAGUGCUUGGAUAAGGCAUGGUCCAAAGACCUUCAAGAGAAUGGUGUACCGAUUGCAGCCAACAUACAAGCAUCAAUCCAUUACUGCAAUCAAAUCACGACCUGGGUCUCUGAUGAGAUCCUUAGUCAGCCAGAAGUCAAAAAACGCAGCAUGCAAAUCAAGUAUUGGGUCAAUGUCGCGGAGAAAUGCCGACAGUUCAACAACUUUAAUACCUGUAUGGCCAUUUUAUCCGCCUUUGAUAACAGUGCCAUCGGAAGGCUCAAGCGAACAUGGGAAUCCGUUGGGGCAAGAACACAUCAUAUCGUUGCACACAUCCGCAAGCUGAUGGGGGCCAAUCGUAACUUUGUUCAGUAUCGUGCGCUCAUCCACUCGGUUAAUCCGCCCUGUAUACCCUUCUUAGGCAUAUACCUUCAAGACUUGACCUUCAUCGAGGAUGGAAAUCCAAACUUCUUGAAGGGAUCUAACCUAAUCAAUUUUGCUAAACGAGCUAAAACGGCUGAAGUGAUACGAGAAAUUCAGCAAUAUCAAUCAAUAGGAUAUCCGUUUAAGCCAGUAGAGGAGAUCCAAGGCUUUAUUUGGGAAAACCUUCAUAGUUCAAGAGAUGAGGAUCAACUAUACAACGAGAGUUUAAAGCUAGAACCAAAGGAAAGAGGUGAUGAAAAGAUUACACGAUUAUUACAAGAGUCAGGAUUCUUGUAA